AUGUCUAGCUACGGCAGCAUGUCACCGUCAGACGAAGGCUUCGACCGUUACGAGCCCCCAUUCUACUGCCAGCCCACACAUCAAGGCAGCCCUAUGGACGGCGGAGUGUACUGGCCGGCAGCGAGCGAAAGUCAUGAGUUCGAGUCGCAGGAAGUGUACCACGAUAGCAAUCACUACAUUGGAAGAGGUUACGGUUACGAAGACUUGCAGAUGACCGGAAAUGACCCUUAUGACGCUUAUAACAUGCAUCACGUUUAUCCACAGAAUAACACCACUCUAGACUGUGACAUGCAACCUCUACCGCUUCGCUACGAGCGGCCAGCGCCAUCUUUUGUUCGAGUAGUUAAACGACGUACUACGGCUAAUAGGUAG